AAUUUUCAAGCAACAGCAAGUCUGUAAAGUCACCUCUGGACUGCAAUAAAGAAUCAGAACCAAACUUUCGUUCACUUUGAGGUUGGAUCGCGGCGCCUGCCCACUUCUUCGGUCAUUCUGACAUCGGGAUUGCUCAUUCACUCAGUCGUUUGGCCUCGGUGGGGAGCCUGCACUUACGCUGGUCCGCCGCAACAUCAAAGAAGGCGGCCCACCUUGCCUGCCGUAAAUUCAAACCCUCACUAUCCCAAUCUUUUCCUUCGCCUUUUCCCUACCGCUGCAGAUGGUCCUGGCAUAGGCUUCGGACCUCAUCCCUCCUGCACUCUCCGAGCAAUCCCUGCCGGGACAUGCCCGCACCUCAAAAACAACAACUCUCACAGUCCAAGGAUGAUUUAGGCAGGCAUUUGCGAUCCGCAUCCCCAGCUGUAAAGAGGCCGGCGUCUGACAUGGGAGCCCAAGAGCGGGAGACGUAUCCAAGUGACGUGGAGAUGGACGACAAUCAAUCUACCGGGUUCACGCCCGUCACCACGGACACGGCGUCGACCACAGACUCAAAAGCAAAACAACAAGAUACGGGACUGAGACAUCUUGACAAGUCAGCCCUUGCGCAUAAGAGUGAUCCAAGAGCGGUGCAGCAGUCUGCGUCCGACAACAGUGGCAGUUCGACCUCCGACUCCCUCAUUCCAAGUUCGUCGAACCAGUCCACUGCGGCAACGUCUUUAAACACCGACAUGGCCCCUACUGCGACCUCGAUCCCUCUCAUAGACGACCAAAUCGCGAAGGUCACACAAAUUGUGGAAGCAGAACUGCGCGAGGGCGAAAAGGGCUUCUUGCUAUCAAAAAAAUGGUUUCAAAGAGUGCAAGCCCGUGCUUCGCAUGGCAAAGAGAAUGGGAAAAUGGAGAAGGCUGCCACCGAAGGCGAGGUUGGCCCUGUGGACUGCUCGGAUCUUGCAAUGGUGAUUGAGGAGUCCAACCGACUUCUCGACGAAGCAGGAGAACCAUAUGUUCCACUCCGACCCGGCCUUAUGAUCACCGAGGAUUUCAUAGUGGCGCCUCAAGAAGCGUGGGAUUUGGUUAUAUCUUGGUACGGCCUGGCGAAGGACUCUCCGGUGAUCACCAGGUACGCGCAUAAUGAAAGCAUGCCGGACUCUGCCCCCCAUGUGAUCUGGGAGUUGUCUCCUCCAAUAUUCUCCUUUCUCAAAAUUCCGGCCGAGCAUACACCAAGAACUCAACGUGAAAAGGACCUUUCACCACAACGUAUGCUCGCAUCGAAAAACACACCCUUCAUGGAGUGGUUGAAGAAGGGGAAGGAGUUGGUCCGUAUUGAUAUGAAAACCAAAGUACGAGUAUGGAAGAUACUGGGCGGUUUGAAGAGUACAAGUGCUUCAGGUAUCCUGACACCCGCUGCUUCCAGGAGUGCAUCUCCCGCACCAGGAGCAGAACUCGUUGCUAGUGCGGGCGACAGAAUGCUUCUCGACGUCAAUACCUUUGCUCAUCUCACUGACGGUGAGCAACGUGAGCUCCUCAACCAAGCAGAUCUUACCGCAGAUGCUAAGUACAACGGGAAGUCUACCCUUGGGUUUCUCGGGCUUGGACGAGACGAAGUGAUUGUCUUGGAAGAACAGAAACCCGGCAAAGACGAAUGGCCUAGCGAGAGUACAAAACUCAGUCUAGGCAGGGGACUCAAGAAUACCGCGAAGAACCUCACUCCAAGUGGCAGAUCCAGCCCGGCUCCUGGUAUGAUGACCCGAGGACGACAAAAGAGAGACGGAAGACCGCGCGGUAUCACUGGAUUGAGCAAUCUCGGGAACACCUGCUACAUGAACUCAGCCCUGCAAUGCAUACGGAGCGUUGAAGAAUUGAGCCAAUACUUCCUUCAUGACCAGUGGAAGAGGGACCUUAAUGUGGACAACCCCCUCGGCCAUCAUGGAGAAGUUGCCAGAGCAUAUGCUGGUCUGGUCCAUCAGAUCUACGAUGAGAAUGCAAGUUCUACGAAUCCUAGCAGAUUCAAGGCUGUUAUCGGUAAAUAUGGGUCCAGUUUCUCGGGCUACCAGCAGCAAGAUUCACAAGAGUUCCUACUCUUCCUCCUUGACGGUCUUCAAGAAGAUCUCAAUCGCAUCCAUAAGAAGCCUUACAUUGAAAAGCCUGAUUCAACCGACGAGAUGGUGCAAGAUACGGCCGCGCUCAAGGCUUUUGCCGACAAGUGCUGGGACAUCUAUACAGCGAGGAAUGACUCCGUCAUUACAGAUCUGUUUGCUGGGAUGUACAAGUCAACAUUGACCUGUCCUGUAUGCCAGAAAGUGAGCAUCAUUUUUGACCCGUUCAAUAACCUCACUCUGCAGCUGCCAAUUGAGAACAAUUGGCAGAAAGAGGUCUUAUACUUUCCACUUCACAAACGUCCCAUCAGGAUCGAUGUGGAUAUUGACAAACACUCGAGUAUCAAAGCGCUGAAAGAAUUUGUUGCCACAAGGACGCAUGCAGAUGUGACACGAAUGCUGGUCGCAGAGUCUUACAAGAACAAGAUCUACAAAAUAUUCGACAACAACACCAUCAUUUCAGAAGCCAACAUCCAAAGCGGGGACGUCAUAUGCGUCUAUGAGCUGGAAGAUGUUCCUACCAACUACAAUCCUGAUAAGAACAAGAAGUUUUCUCUCUACACGCUUAGCCGUGAUGCAGAGGACGAGUUGGUGGAAGCAGACAGUCCGGAAGCAGACCGCCUGCUGGUGCCGCUGUACAAUAGAUUGGUAAAGAGUCCGGGUUCCAGAGUAUCCUCGAAACCAUUCUUCGGUCAACCAACUUAUCUUGUUCUCAGCCGCGAAGAUAGAGCAACGUAUGACGGUCUUCUGAAGAAGAUUCUUGAGAAAAUUGCUCCUAUGACGACGAAGAACAUAUUUGAAGGCGAUAAAGGUGCAUUCGAAGACGGUGUACCCACGCCUGAAGAGUCUGACUCUGUGAUAAUGACGGAUGACAUGUCAAGCUCUGGGUCGAAUCUACCUGUUGCUUCGUCUGUACAAGGAGAAGAUGGACUGGUGGACGUUUCUAUGCGCGAUGUCAGUCAGGCUCCCGAGACGAAUUCUCAAUCACCAGAUGCACAGAGCUCGACGAUCCCUCGCCAGCUUCGACAGCUAUUCACCGUUCAUGUGACAGCUACGGGUGAAGGUAUUCCCACUGGCUGGAACCAGAUCUCCGAAUCACAAGAGUACGAUCUUAUCGAUACACGUAUUCCGAAACCUGUCUCGCGUCAUGCCAAGUCGAACUCAUCCUCCGCGUUGGGCAAUGGAGACAAUGGCUCUAUGACUAGCGAAGAUGAGCUUGCGGAUAGCGAACACGAUGACACUGCUCCCGACAGCAACGAUUCGGGCUCCGACUCGAACUUCAGCCCCAUCCCACCUGCGGGGCAAGACUCGGAUUCUGAGCUGCCCCCCUUACAUGAUUUCAAGUCUCGAAACCCCAAAUCGAAGAAGGCUCAAAGACAGUCGAGGAGGGGCAAAAAGUUCGGGAAGCGCAUUCCACGGCGGACACCGCCGCCCCCGCCACAACCACUGCCCAAGUCUACUGGGAAAGAAUUGAUUCGACCAGGUGAAGCUAUUGUGCUAGACUGGAAUCUGGAUGCGCAUGACGCAUUGUUCGCAGGGACGGAGGAGGACGAAGACGAGAUGCGUGGGGCCCCCACGUGGAAGAGCGUAGAGCUCCUUCACGAUGAGGAAUUGGUGGCAAAACGUGCCCAGCGGUCAAGUCGCAAGAAGAACGGUAUCACGCUGGAAGACUGCCUGAAUGAGUAUGGCAAAUCCGAGACAUUGUCUGAACAAAACGCAUGGUACUGUCCCCGAUGCAAGGAACACCGUCGUGCUGAGAAGACGUUUGAGUUGUGGAAAGCCCCAGAUAUCCUGGUUAUGCACCUGAAGCGCUUCAGCUCCAACCGAAAUUUCCGCGACAAGCUGGAGGUCAAGGUCGAGUAUCCCGUCGAAGGGCUCGACCUUUCUAGUAUGGUCCGAGAUCAACAAGACGGGAAGAGCUUGAUUUAUGACCUGGUCGCGGUGGACAACCACUACGGUGGCUUGGGAGGGGGCCACUAUACGGCUUACGCGAAGAAUUUUUUCAACAACGGUUGGUACGAGUAUAACGAUUCGCACGUUUCAGCCAAACAAGACUCGCGGUCGGUUGUCACUAGUGCUGCAUACCUUCUGUUCUAUCGCCGACGGUCGGAACACCCUUUAGGGGGCGAGAAAUUACAGGAAUUGUUGGAAGCCAGCAACGAUGCAGAAGCCGACUCUGAGGCGCCCCGCGGCUCACGCGAGCCAUCACCAGUGGCGGGGGAAGGUCGGCGUCUCGGCGACUCCUCCCACUCUGGGUUGUCGAGCGCUUUCGUAGUCGGUCCAGGUCACCGCGUGGGAGUGGGUGGCUCGGCAAUGGAGGAAGAACACCAGGAUCAAGAUCUACUAGCCGGCAACGAAAGUCCGCAGAACUUGACCGUGUCAGCAAUGCAGGCGGAUGAUAUCCUGCCGCCAUAUGACGAAGAAGACGAAGGAGUGUCGCUGGAAUCGCCAGGCCGAGUCAACACAUUUGAGGCUAGCUGGGGUUUUAAUCGACUCACUCAGCGUGCCCCGGCACCAUCAGAGGACGGCAUGUUUGGCGACAAAGGCAGUUCGAAUGACAGUACGAGGGUAGAGGGUCUGGCAGGAAGUCCUGCAAGGAGUUCGCUGGCGGAGGAAGGAGAUCUCGUGUACAGUGAGGCGGUAGAGCCUGGGGAUGAUUAUGCCCCUCGUGGGCUGCGGGAGAGUGCGCCACCUCCAGAGGUUCCUGGGAUGGAGAUGGAUUACGAUGAUGACGACCCUCCUGUUGUGGAACUCAAAGCUGAUCCAGCAAACAACGAUGAACUCACAUUUCAUCCGGCAAAGAAAUGAUGUGGUGGCUCUUUGGGCUUGGUCGCAUUUGGGGCCAGGCAGCAUGGUCUGAGGGCGUUGUUUGGUUUGAACACGGAAGAUGAGGAUGGCUGCCACUUGUCCGUGGUCAAUGACGAGCCUUAUUGUAUUGACGAGCAUUGGAUGGGAGCCAGAUCCUUAUUGUCGGUGUCUCAGGGCAUGAUAUGCGCUGUAUUAAGUUCAUGCUUGCAUCAAUAGAGCUCAGCAUGAUAGACUGACAGCAUAGGCCCCACUGCGAAGUACUCCGUGUAGAUAGCGAAUAAACUUCAAAACAUGAGGUG